AUGUGUCCUGCAUUUCUCAGUCUUGAUGCAAGACACAAAGAAAAAUCAGCAGAAGAACUGACUGGUGAUCAAGAAAUCUUAUCUUAUCUUAUCUUAUAGAAUUUAUAUCGCUUAACGUCCACUACGGGGUUACAACUCCAGGUUUAUCACUCGCCUUUCGUCGCAUCGGGCCCACCAGCCUGCUGGAGACAGACUCGCUUCGAUCACCAAGGGUGCUUCUAGGGCAAAUGUCCACGUCUUCGACGGCUCAUAGAUGAGCUACUUGCUUGUACAUGGGUUGCUUUUCCGAAAAACCCAAAAAAUGGAUUUUUCUGGUCGGCUAUCGGCAAAAAGGAAAAAUGCAAAAGCCUGGGACGUAACGCCCAGUUUCACGCUAGGGAGUUGCCCGAAUGGUCCAGAGGACUUUGCUGGGCUUCCCCUUUCCAACCUUACACCUUCCUUCCCCACGAGGAAAAAUCCACCCCUGAGAACAGACUAGGGCUAGGCUCUGAAAGCUACCAGAAUUGCUUACCUAGCAUUGCAGUCCAUCUCUGAAAUGGUAAAACCUUGCCGGAUAUAAUUAAAAUAUAAGUCGAGGAUGUAUGGCCGGGAGGCCAUACCUAGACGAAGACGCCAUAUUUUAAUUAUGGUGAUCAAGAAAUCACUGAAGAAAUUUCUGUCAAAAAACUUAUUAUUGGUGGCUUAUUUUCAAGAAUCCCUAUAUUUUACGUCCUUGGAGUGGUUGCUGCACUAAUUCCAGGAAUUAAGUGGCUUUUUGUCUACGAUGACUCUCCACUUUUAGCUAUUUAUGAUUCGUUAUUUACUCUAGGAUAUUGUGGUGUGAUACUAUCACAAUUAAUAGUAGGCAGUAACAUUUAUUUAUUCAAACCUACAGAUAAACACAUAAGUAUACAGUUUUUAGUAAUAAGCUCUAUUAUGAAAAACGUAUUUUAUACUGCGAUUUGGCUGUAUUUAACAGUUUUACUAUGAAAUUUAGGGGUCUUUGGAGGCAAUAGAGUCAUCGCCUAUGUAGUUUUCAUAGCCCAGUCUUCUCCUGUAGCGACACUAGUGGUGCUGCUUUGUCAAGUGCUAAAAACUGGCAUAAAAGAAAUUACUGUUAUUUUGAUAUGGCAUUAUCUAUCAGCGCCUUUAUUUUUAAUGCUGUAUUCAUAUGCAUUCUUUAUUUAUAUCUGUUUGUCAAGAAUAGCCCACUAAGGAGCAUUUUUGGUUCACCAUUCUUAAAUUUGGGUAGCCAGAAAAUAUGGCAUGCCAACGAAUUUGGCAAGCCAGCUAUUGUCCGGCCAACCAAAAAAUACUUCUUAGUGGGCUAUUCUUGGUAAAUAAGUAUAUAUCUAA